UUUGUGUGUGCGUGCUGAAUAACGCCCGCCCAGAUUUGUGUUCGAAUGCCUCUGUUUCAGCACUAUCUCGAUAUGCUAGCUUUGAGCUGCCUGCUACAUUGAGAAGUUUCUGUGAUAUAGCGGAGAGUGGCUACGCGAGCGAGCAUCACAGCCUGAUAGCCUGCUGCUACCCCGGGAGAGGCGAUGAUGGCGGCGGCCGUAGAGAGAGGAGGAGUGCGGGCCGCUUUCCUGAAUCCAGGCAGCGGCGGCGGGAUCGGUGGACCACCUCCGGCACCUAUGCCCACUGCUCCCGGAGCCGUGGUUGGAGCAGGAGGCAUGGGUUCGAAUUCGGGUGGGUCGGAUGGUCCCAUGCCCGUGCCUAUGAACCUUUUUGCAACAUGGGAAAUAGACCGUUCUUCUCCAAGUUGUGUUCCAAGAUUGUGCAGCCUGACCCUCAAGAAGCUGAUUGUCCUGAAAGAACUGGACCGAGAGCUUAGCUCCGUGGUGAUAGCUGUCAAAAUACAGGGCUCCAAGCGCAUCUUGAGGUCCAAUGAGUAUGUCCUUCCCCCAGACGGACUGAUGGAGACUGACCUUGAGCUAACCUUCUCACUCCAGUAUCCCCACUUCCUCAAAAGGGACGCCAACCGAUUGCAGAUCAUGCUGCAGAGGAGGAAGCGAUAUAAAAACCGCACCAUCCUGGGGUACAAGACCUUGGCUGUGGGCGUCAUCAAUAUGGCAGAGGUGAUGCAGCACCCGACAGAUGGAGCCCAGAUCCUGGGUCUCCAUAGCAACGUGAAGGAGGUGCCGGUGCGUGCGGCCGAGCUCAGCGUGUAUUCCCUGUCCAGUCAGCCCAUUGACCAUGAGGACGGCAGUGGGCAGCCAGGGACCAAGGCCAAAGCCUUAGAUCGCUCCCCGGAUAUGGACAACUACUCAGAGGAUGACGACGACAGCUACUCCUCGGAGCAGGAAGCUAGCGACGAUGCUGUUCAACCAGUGGACCUGUACGAUGAGGAUGAUGAUGUACAAAGGAAGCCAAAGAAAAACCGGAGGAAAAUGAUUCGGACAACAUCCAUGACAAGGCAACCCAACUUCAAACAGAAGUUUGUGGCCCUGUUGAAGAGAUUCAAAGUGACAGAUGAGGUUCUGGACUCGGACCCAGUGGACCAGACCCAGGAGGUGGAGGAGGAUCUGGACCUGCUCUAUGACAGUCUGGAGGUCUACAACCAGAGUGACAGCGGCCCUGAAAUGGAGGACAACGAAAGUGUUCUCAGCACGCCCAAACCCAAACUCAAGCCCUUCUUUGAGGGAAUGUCCCAUUCGAGCUCCCAGACUGAGAUUGGGAGUCUGCACAGUCAGAAGAGCCAGCCCAGGGACCUGGCCUGCAUCGGUGGAGAUCUGCUGUCCCCGGACAGGGCCAAAGUCCUACUAGGGACCAAGUAUACAGACGACAGCACCGGAUUGGAGUCUCCUGCAGGGGACGCAGAGGAUGAGGAGACUAGGGCUGGCACAGGGCCAGGGGAGGCUAACCCCAACCCCACCCCCACAAGCUGGGACCUGAGCACGGACAAACUGCCCGGCCCAGUGGCCAAACUCUGCAAAACCGAGUCCCAGACACUCAUGUCGCCCAGUAAAACAGAGAACAAGCUGCAGAGGCGUCCUAGGAGCACGUCCAUGAAGGACCGACAGAACUCCAAGGCCCAGAGUGACAGGACCAGCAGCAUCGACAGCGAGACAUCCCCGGAAUCCAAGAUCGCUGUCCAGGUCCCCAGGAAGUCCGUGUACGACCAGCUGAACCAGAUCCUUAUCUCUGACGAGCAGCUCCCCGAGAGCAUCAUCCUCAUCAACACCAUAGACUGGCAGGGCCAGUAUCUAUCUGAGAUUCUCCAUGAGCACAGCCAGCCUAUCGUGUGCACCAUCUCUGGUGCGGAUGUCCAUGCAGCCUUCAACACCAUCGUCACCAGGAUCCAGAGAUUCUGUAACUGCAACGCCCAAACACCCCCCACCAUCAAAGUGGCGGUGGCCGGAGACCAGAGUUACCUCAGCACCAUCCUCAGGUGCUUCGUGGAGCAGCUGGCCAACAAGACGCCUGAUUGGCUCAGCUACAUCCGCUUCCUGGUCAUCCCUGUCGGCACCCACCCUCUGGCCAAACACAUGUCUUCGUUCGACAGCAAGUUCAACAACAUCUUCAUGGACGCCGGCUGGAGGGACUUGUUUGGCAGACUGGAGGCCCCAACAUCAGACAACAUAGAUGUGGCAGGCCGCGUGUCUCAGUACCUGGCCGGGGCAAGCGUCUCGCACCAGUGUCCCAUCUCUGAGGCCAUGCUCACCUACAAACAGAAAAGGAAGAGAAGCUUGUAUUUUGAUUUUUACAUCAGCCCUGAUGAGGACUCCUGUCAGAAGUUUGUGCCAUUUAUUGGGCUGGUGAAAGUGGGCAUCGUUGAGCACAACCUCUCGACCUCAAUGGACUCUGAUGAUGCCGUGAUGGGGAGCAUCAAUAUGCUGGCCUCCCCUCCCCCCCAGCCGGGACCACCCUACAUGAAGGACCUGACCUGCACCCCGCCCCCCUCCCCCUCCGUCUCAGCCACCCUUGCCGGAGCCGGUUCUCCGGUGACGGGCGGGGAGGUGAUGGGGCUCCAGGUGGACUACUGGACAUGUCACGGCGCCGACAAGAAGAAGGAGGGCGAGAAGCGCGACGUGGGCAUCAAGAAUACCCUAAAGAGCAACUUCCGCUCGCUGCAGGUGUCCCGCAUCCCCAACGGGGGCGAGCUGACCCCCCCUCCUGGCAUGGCCAUGACCGUCGUCAUGAAGGAGAAGAACAAGAAAGUGAUAUUCCUGAGUAAAAAGCCCAAGGAGAAGGAGGUGGACUCCAAGAGCCAGGUGAUCGAGGGCAUCAGUAGGCUGAUCUGCACUGCCAAACACCAGCACACCAUGCUGAGAGUGUCCAUUGACGGCGUGGAGUGGAAUGACGUCAAGUUUUUCCAGCUGGCCGCCCAGUGGCCCACUCACGUCAAGCACUUCCCUGUUGGCAUCUUCGGCUACACCAAGCCCACCAUGUGACAUAUCACUGCCACCUAAACCCAAGUAUGGGUAGCUGCAGCCCAAUAUGGCGACUGGAGUAUGGGCGAGUGGGUGUGUCGAAAGGAGUGGGUGUAUUGAAAGCAAAUCAGCUAAUUGGGCAGAUUUGUUGCCACUCAAGACCGUUUUGCGUGGCUGAUUGGGCUGCUGAUUGCUCAAUCAAAACCAUCUAGCCUAUUGCAGAGCGCUUUCGACACACCCACUCAUUUCUACACGCCCACUACUUUCCUUUCGACACACCCACUCGCCCAUACUCCGGUCGACAUAUUGGGCUGCAGCUACACCCUCCCUAAACCCUGACCCCAGAACAGCCCUUAUCAUCUCCCAUAGAGAGAGACGGGCUGGAUUCCAUUCUGAAAUAUCACUCCCUUCCUUCUGUCCUUUUAAAAUGGUCCUCAUCUCCCAUAGAGAGACUGGGGCUGGGUUCAAUUCUGAAAAAAUCACUCCGUUCCCUUUGUCCUUUGAACAGUCCUCAUCUCCCAUAGAGAGAGAGAAGCUGGAGUCCAUUCUGAAAAAUCACUCCCUUCCUUUCUGUCCUUUUGAUAUUUGUAUUUACUAGGUAUUGAGGAUAUCAAUAUGGUAAUGGCUCCAUCAAGUGAAGAUUAUAGGUCCUUAUAUGCUGGUUCCCAAUGUUUCAAAAUGCAAUUAUUAGAAAUAUAUUUCUAUGUUUGAAAUGAAUCCAACUCCAACUCUUUCAGCUCUCCGUGGGCUCUCCUAGUUACCAAAGGUAGUGGGGAAGGCUGGGAAUAAUCCACCAGAUUGGAACCCAGCCAAGGCUGCUCUGACUAAGCAAAAAACGUAAACAAAUCCCCUAGUCCUUUUCCUGUGGAAACUGUCCAGUUACAAACCUGUGUUCCCAGUAUAAAAUGGAUGUUGUUGUCAACGUCAAAUGUUACUGUUUUAUACACCAACACAAAAAAAGAAGGAAAUAACAACACGUUUUGUACAAAAAUGUAUGCUGCCUUUUAAGUAUAAUAGUGUAUAUUGUGGUUAGACACUUUUAAUGGCCACCUGUAAUGGCAGCUUUGUUGGCACUUUGUUUUGUUACUAUAUUAUUAUUUCUGUGAAAUCCUAUGUGGGUAAAUGUCCUGUAUAUAAUGUAAGAGGAUCAAAGGGGUGUGUUGGAGUGUGUGUUCGCAAUGUGUGCCGGGUGGCAGUGUGUGUUACUGAUUUUUAGGGGAACGGGUGGGAUGCUAAGAGAGGAAUUGCUGUGAAAGUUGCAGAGGAACCCCUGUUGCUAUGGAGAGAUGUAUUUCGUUAUCAUUUUUUUUGUGAGAAAAGUGACUUACUCUAGUUUUUGAUACACUACUUUCUAGCUAGUAUACUUGCCUUUUUGAUUUAGAAGCACAUUGUACGGAAACAGAAUAGGGACAAUCAGUAACCAAGAAACUUGGCACUGUAUAACGAGAGACAUUCUUUCCGAACACAGGCGUAAGUGAGUGGGAUGUAUCCUUAGGCGAGUUCAAUGCAGUGACUUCACUUGUGAAUUUGUGAAGAGGGCCCUAGGUGCAUGCAAGAAUUUAUGGACACAAACGUGAAUAGGAGAGAGAAGAGUGAGGGAGGGAGAGGAAAGAAGGAGACAAAUGUCUUGUAGCCCUGCUCUAACACACCUGGUUAGCCUACUGUCUCUGCAAAGGGUUCAGCAGUGCAGUUUUCAGUAAUACCCUUUUCACACUACUACUGAGUCGAUCCAAGCCGAGCUGUACUGCACUGGCCUGGUUACGCAUCCACUAUAGUUGCUGGAACUGUGUUCAAAAUGACCAUGUGAAAAGAAAAUACAGUUAAACACAGUACAGUUUGGGUUGGUACAGUAGUGUGAAAAGGGUAUAAGUCUUCCCCAGUGCGGUGCUCUGUUCUUAAACUAUUUACCAGUGACUUUGAAGUGGUGUUCUUUUUUCUAACUUCACCCAUUCUGAAAGACAGGAAUCCCUUUACGAAACUAGCGUGCCGUAUUCAACAAUGAACGAAUUGCUGUCUACUGUCCUCUGUUUUUAUACUCUCUUCAAAUAUAGACCCACUCAUAACAUUGAGUCAAAAAGGGCCACAGGCUUCAUUGGUUUUGAGGGAAUUGCCAGGAUUGAGUCUGGGUGCUGUGUGAGGGACCAUUUUAAUGUCAGGAAUGUUGUUGUAUUGUGUGUUCUUUUUUCAUGAGGUGUGUUUUCUCAUAGACCUAUGAGGGAAAUAACGUCCUGUGCCUCUUCAGUCGAGGCUAUGAGGAACAUUGGAAGGAACCUGGAAGUCAAAACAUCAAAGAUUCCUUCCUUAGUUAUUUUGCCUCCAUCUUUUGACCUUGUAUGUUUGUGUUGUCUAAUGUGACUGGACACGAAAAUGCAUUUCAUUUGGAUGAAAGUGUGUUUUGGAGAUUUUAAGUGUGUGUGCAUGUGCUGAGAAGGGAUACUGUGUAACCCCAUUUGUCAAUUUCAACCCUUUGAAAACUAUGGCUUCUCUUGCGAUUAGAUACUACAUGUAUAGUAUUACAUUUGACGUAUUUUUUGUUCAUCUUCACCAUGGUAGCUGAGUAUUAACAACAGUGUAUGUUACCGUAUAUUUUACCCUUUCUUCAUGCAUUUCAGAUGGUCAAGGUGUCUCAUGUUUUUGCCUCGGAAAGAGGGAAGGUGGUCAAUCCCACUCAUUUGACUGUACAAUGUUCCACUAUUUCAUGAAAACAAAUAUAGACUAUAUAUACAGAAGUAUGUGGACACCCCUUCAAAUUAGUGGAUUCGGCUAUUUCAGCUACACCUGUUGCUG